GUUUUAUCAAAACGCUUCUUAGUUCCAAGAAGAAUAAUUUAAUAGAACAAAAAAAAGAGACGAUUUAAAUAUUUUUUUUUUCUUUGUCGGAGAUUUGUUUAUUUCGUCAUAUAGCUUAAAACUCGCACUAGUGUUUAUACAUAUUUUGUGUUCGAUUAAAACGCAGUUACAGUGACCUCGGCAUAUUGCUCGGACUCUAUUUUUUUCCGUCUGUAGCUUUAUAUAUACACAUUUGAUUUAUUUUGCCUUGUUAUUGGCGUUUCUGUAAUUAGAAUUUUAAGUGGAUUGUGGGACGCUAACAAAUAUUGAAGAGCAGUGACAUGAGCAUGAUUGUGGGUGGACAUAUUGCAACAUGCUGAAUUUAUUUAUGAACUGAAGAAAGACAAAAAUAAAAGAUUUUUGUGAGUGAAGAAAUUAAAGUUUUUUUUUUGGGGGAGACGAAGAAAAUGGCAACAGAAGUUACAGCAACAACAUCGUCGUCGUCAGUUGACGAAAAAUCGGAAAAUGUGCAAAGUGAAGCAAAAGACAGUACCUUACCGAUAGAUGAGGAAAUUAUCGGAAUGAGACGAGGAAAAUGCAAAUGGUUUAACGUACUUAAAGGCUUUGGAUUCAUUGUGCCAGAUGAUGGAACUCAGGAAGUGUUUGUUCAUCAGAGUGUCAUAAAGAUGGGUGGCUUCCGAUCACUAGGAGAAAAUGAAGCAGUUGAAUUCGAGUGCAAAAAGAGCGAUAAAGGACUAGAAGCAACACGAGUAAAUGGACCAUCUGAAUCCGAAUGUAAAGGAUCGACAUUCAAGCCAAAGCCAAAAAAGCGCUUCCGAAAAGUUCGAUGCUAUAAUUGUGGAGAAUUUGCCAAUCAUUUAGCUAACGAGUGUUCACAAGGUUCAUUACCAAAGCGAUGCCAUCAUUGUAAGAAGGAAGAUCAUCUGGUUGCUGAUUGUCCAGAAAAGCCAGAGAAAGCGAAAAAGUCCAGCAAAUCUGAUGGCGAUAAGAGUUUGGAAUCUACUUCUACAUCAAAUGAAUAAGGUUGAAUUGCUUGCAAUCGGAAAUUUUCCAAAUAAUAUUAACAAAUUUUAUAUUUUUGAAAAUAUAAGAAGAAACUAACAAGGUGACCAAAAAUAUCUUUCUCAGGGUAACAAAAAACAUUCUUAAUUGAAAAGAUGAAAAUAAAUUUUUUUAAUUUAAAUUUUUCUUAAAUACUUAAUCAGGAAAUAUCAUAAAUAUUUUAUAUACACCUAAUUGUAAAUAAAAAAAAUUUUAAGAAUAAAAUUUUAAUUUUUUCAAUAAAUUAA